AGAUGAAAGGAGGAAACGUUCCCUGUCCAGCAACACCUGAGCAACUCAGCAGGCAGAAAUGGCUCCAGGGUCGUGGUUUUCUCCUCUCCUCAUUGCUGCCAUCGUCCUGGGACUGCAGUGGCCACAGGAAGCUGCCACCUUCCCGGCCAUGCCCCUUUCCAGCCUGUUUGCCAACGCUGUGCUGAGGGCCCAGCACCUUCACCUCCUGGCUGCUGAGACAUACAAAGAGUUCGAACGCACCUACAUUCCAGAGGACCAGCGACACACCAACAAAAAUUCUCAGGCAUUUUGUUACUCAGAAACCAUCCCUGCUCCCACAGGGAAGGACGAUGCCCAGCAGAAAUCGGACAUGGAGCUUCUUCGGUUCUCACUGGUCCUCAUCCAGUCCUGGUUGACCCCGGUGCAAUACCUAAGUAAGGUGUUCACAAACAAUCUGGUUUUUGGCACCUCGGACAGAGUGUAUGAAAAACUAAAGGACCUGGAAGAAGGGAUCCAAGCUCUGAUGGGUAAGUUGCAGCGU